GAAGGCCCAAAAGAACUCUUCCCAGCUUCAAAUUCCCUCAUUUUUUCUUUUCGUUCCCUCCGCCGUCGCGCUCUCUCUUAUUCACGGCGCGCGCACAGUCGGAGAGUCCAAGUUGAUCGAUCCAUAUGGCUUCUGCUAUCGGAGCCCCACCCUCUUCAAAACUCCUCUUCACUCCCUCACCCACCACACCCUCACUUUCUCAUCCCACCCACCUUUCUCUCUCUACACCCAAAGCCCUAGCAUCAAAGCCCCUCUUCUCCUCCUCCUCCUCCUCCUCCGCCGCCGCCUUCGAUGUCGUCGUCGUCUCCCCCUCGCUCCGGAGGCGCCGAUCCUUCACCGUCCGGAUGGCGCGUGGCAAGUUCGAGCGGAAGAAGCCCCACGUCAACAUCGGCACCAUCGGCCACGUCGACCACGGCAAGACCACCCUCACCGCCGCCCUCACCAUGGCCCUGGCCUCCAUGGGGAACAGCGCCCCCAAGAAGUACGACGAGAUCGACGCCGCGCCGGAGGAGCGCGCGCGCGGCAUCACCAUCAACACCGCCACCGUCGAGUACGAGACCGCCACGCGCCACUACGCGCACGUCGACUGCCCCGGCCACGCCGACUAUGUCAAGAACAUGAUCACCGGCGCCGCGCAGAUGGACGGCGCCAUCCUCGUCGUCUCCGGCGCCGACGGCCCGAUGCCGCAGACGAAGGAGCACGUCCUGCUGGCCAAGCAGGUCGGCGUCCCCAAUGUGGUGGUGUUCUUGAACAAACAGGACCAGGUGGACGACGCCGAGCUGCUUGAGCUGGUGGAAUUGGAGGUCAGGGACUUGUUAUCGUCGUAUGAAUUCCCCGGCGACGAUGUUCCGGUGGUUUCGGGUUCGGCAUUGCUGGCAUUGGAGGCCUUAAUGGCGAACCCGAAAAUAAAGAGAGGGGAGAAUGAAUGGGUGGAUAAAAUUUAUGACUUGAUGGAUUGUGUGGAUGACUAUAUUCCAAUUCCGCAGAGGCAGACUGAUCUGCCGUUUCUGUUGGCCGUUGAGGAUGUGUUUUCGAUCACAGGACGUGGCACGGUGGCCACGGGGCGGGUGGAGAGAGGUAAAGUGAAGGUUGGGGACCAUGUGGAUGUAGUGGGAUUGAGAGAGACUAGGAAUACAACUGUCACCGGAGUUGAAAUGUUUCAGAAAACACUUGAUGAGGCACUUGCUGGUGACAAUGUAGGGCUUUUGCUGAGGGGUAUUCAGAAGAUGGAUAUUCAGAGAGGGAUGGUGGUUUCUAAGCCGGGUAGCAUCACACCUCACACCAAGUUUGAGGCGAUUGUGUAUGUGUUGAAGAAGGAAGAGGGUGGGAGGCAUUCGCCGUUCUUUGCAGGGUAUAGGCCUCAGUUUUACAUGAGGACUACUGAUGUGACCGGUAAGGUGACGCAGAUUUUGAAUGACAAUGAUGAGGUGUCGAAGAUGGUUAUGCCCGGAGACAGAGUGAAGAUGGUGGUGGAGCUUAUAAUGCCGGUGGCUUGUGAGCAAGGGAUGAGAUUUGCGAUUAGGGAAGGUGGCAAGACUGUUGGGGCUGGUGUCAUUCAGUCUAUUAUUCAGUGAGUUUGGAUUCAAUGAUACAUCACAUUUAGCUAUUUAGUCAGCGAGUCUUUAUCACCAUAGACAAGUUAAGAACUUUGUGUUAUAGCUUUGUUGAUAGUUUGAUUUCCUUUUUUCUGCAUUUUUGUCAUCAUCUUCUUGGUUGUGUAGUUAUAAAUCCAACUUUUAGAAUGUAGUCAUUCUGCAUUAUGUACUUAAAUGCUCGGCCCCCUAAAUCAAUAAAAUGCCUUUUGGUCUCAUUUCUUUGAAA